AUGACAGGGACAGAAAAUCAAACUGUUAUUUUAUUAGUUGUACCAACUGGGGCUUUAAUAGAGUUUGAUGGCCAAAAUUAUACGGAAACUAAGCUGAUUUAUAUGUCGUUGAAUAAAUACGAGACAAUUCAACUUCAGAGUAAAGAUGAUCUUACAGGGACUUACAUAAUUUCUUCCCAUCCAAUUGCUGACGAUGGUGACGAUAAUGAUUGUGAUGGCCGUGUAGAUGAGGAAGUCGACGAUGGGUCUGAUAACGAUGGCGACGGUCGAAUUGAUGAAGAUUUGCAAACUGUGUGA